UACAGAGAAAGAGAAAAAACUGUAACAAAUCAGAUAAACCACAAUGGUGUGUCUGGAUUCAACAGGACUGGGUCCUGGUAUCCCCUUGACCAUGAGUGGCUGUGUGACCUUGGGCAUGACACCUACCCUCUGUGGGCAUGUAUUGGAUAUGAGGGACUUAGCUGAGGUCUCAUCCAGCCCAUUCUAGAAUUAUGAGUCCACACAUUGAGAGAGAAGAGAGAAUGAGCCCUGGGUGGUGCUUACCAUGAACGGCUAGUCCAAGAAACCCCUGUGGAUGAGAAUUCCUUUGUUUUUAAUAACUAAAAUAGCCUGUCAUUCUUCCCUUGGCCUCCCUCAAAAUGUGUUUAUCUCAUUCCAGUGAGUCUCAAACUUCCAAAUUGGCUGCCUGUGGUAGGUGAGCUCCUCGGUGGACAGAUUGCACACCCGUGCCAAGUGCCAGCAAGUUACUAGAGCAGAUCUGCACACAGGAGUUUCCCGUCCCAUAGAUGAGGUCUGCUUGGGUGCCAGGCUAAUUGGUUGCCCUGGUCUGUGAGUGAUGGUCACAACGUCUGUGGUAGAGGCCGAGCCAGUUCGACUGUGAGGUUGGCUGGUUUACACACAGGUCCUCGUGUCUCUGACUGGGGGGUGAGGAUUGCGUGGGGCUGGUAUGCUGCCCCUAGCUCUAUGCAUCUCAGGUGGCCCAGGAAAACAUGCUCUUUCCUGGAUCCUGGUCCCCAGGUGGCAGUAUUGGCUCCGACACCCCUGCAGCAGCUUGCACUCCACCACCUGGAGGCCCAGCGCAAGGGCAAGGGCACCACUGGCAUGUGCUCUGUCUGGAGGCUCUGUCCUGCAUGCACCCUUCACCUCUCUGGUGAGGAUGCUCAGGCCAUUAGGCCUGUGCCCCUUAGCCCUCUGCACUGUUUUAGGACUGGGGGUGUCUUGGGGGUGGUCAGGAGGCUGAGCUGCUUUUACCUGCCCCUAGGCUCCUCUUUCCUCUCCCUGGCAGCCCCUCUAGGAGACUACUGUGCUCUCCAACUGGCUACAGAAUUCACAGACUGAAAGAGACUUGAAAGGGUCACCUUGCCCCGCUACCCAGAGGGAAGACACAGAGUCAUUCAGUGACCACGGCAUCUGAGGGCAGAGGUGGGGCGAGCUGCUACCCUGGUGUAGGGACUCCCACAGGCAGAGAGGGCCGCAGCUGAGGCUGCCUGUGCAUUCUCCCUCUCUUCCCAUCAGCAGGGGAGGCUGUCUCCGCCUCUACCAGGGGCAGAGAGACCUCUGGCUCCCCUUGAAGAGGCAAGAGGAGGAAGAUCCCAGCAUUGCUACAUUCCAGAGCAAGUCCGGUCCGCAUUUCCGACAACUGCUUUGUAAAAAAUGAGCCACAUACCUCCAGCCAACAUUCACAGAGCACCUGCUAUGUGCUAGGCACUUCCCCAUCCUUAAAAUGCAUUUGUGCACAGCAGCAGGCCCCGGUUUAUCUCUGGAAUGAUAUCCGGGCAGGAGGUAGGUUCCCCACGUGCUCCUGCCCUUCCGAUGACGUUAACGGUGUACGACCAAACACAUAGGUGCUGCCUCCUCUCCCUUCUCUGCCCCAGUUAGUUAAGGAGAAGAGUGCUGUGCCCCGCUCACAGCUGGGGAAAAGGAGCAUACGCCUGCAAAAUGUUUCCUGCAAUUGCAGCAGGAGAAGGAGAUGCAGUUAUGUUGGCUUGAGCCAGGUUCUGAGCAGACACUGCAGGCUAUGACAAUGGCUGGGUACCCAGCCAUGGCAUGGACGUCAGCCUCAGUUUCCAGUUCUCAGCAAGUGUAUGAGUGUGUGUGUGUGUGUGUGUGUGUGUGUGUGUAAGGCCUGGGGCUGGGGUCAUCCACAGAGCACAGAAGUAGACAGCUUCUGAGGGUGGGGCCGCCCGUCGGUCACACCCUACACCCUGGAGCCCUGAGGACCUGUCACUCAGACCCACCACCAGCCUCAACACCAUGAGCAGCCAAAGCAGCAUCAGUCACUGACCAGAGGAGCCCAGACGUCACAGGAGUAAGUUAAGCCCUGGAGGGACUGGGUGUGGCUGAGGUCAGUGAAGGGCAAGUAAAGCCAGGAACCCUCAGAAAGAGCAGGAAGCAUAGAACAGAAAAGAGGAAACAGCAGAGCUUUCUCUGGUCCUCUCCCUUGUUCAGUGCACAAUAUCCACACCCCUUUCCCUCGGGACUGAAAUCUGGGGGGCGGGGAGCACUGCUGAAGCUGGAGAGAACUGGUAGAGCAGCAAAGAGUGUGAGGAUUGGAGGGAAGUAUGACCAAUGGAAUCUCUCUAAAAGUGCAUGGUUGGUAGUCAUACAACGCCCAAAGGCAGGGACCGGGGAGGCCCAAACUCAGUGGUCAUGUGGGGACUGCUGAGGAAACUUGUAGAACCUCAGCUGGCCAUGUGAUGAGGGACGGAGAUAGUGAAUGGGGGGAGGGGUGAGAUAGUGAAUGGGGGGAGGGGUGAUUUGGACAAGAAACAAACCCUGCUUUCACUUACAGGUGCUCGCAAUGGCCAGUACCUUGAAGAAACUCUGGAAUAAAUACAUCUGGGCCUUUGAAAAUGGAGACCCAAGGAUGGAUUCCCGGCUCCUCGUACACUUGCCACUCCCUGUCAUUCUUCUUUCUGUCUUCUAUCUUUUGGUGGUGGCAAGUCCUUGCUUCAUGUCUGGAUGGGAGUGUCUGAGGUUUGCAGGAUCCCUCGCUGCCUAUAGCCCAGGCCUGGUGGCCCUCUCAGGGUACAUAUUCUAUGAGGCCACCCUCUGCACUGCUGACAGAAUGAUCAUCCCAGACACCUACGCACCAAAAGGAACUGCUGACCUUAUGAAGGCUUCCCAGCAGCAGGGACAAGACGACCUGGAAAUCUGCGUGCUCAUUAAAAUUACAUGGCUACAGGCUACAGCACCUUUGGAGAGUCCUUCUGUUAACACUCUCAGUAGCAUCUCCCCAUCUCCCUGUGCUCACAGGCAUCUUCCUGCAGACAGGUCUUCUUCAUAUUACGAAAGAAGCCAGAGCACAUCACCUUUCUGCAUGUCUGGCAUGUUCUUCAAACAGUGGGCUGGCGCCAGAUAUGUGUCACAUGGUCAAGGGUCAGUUGCCACCGUUGCCCACUCCUCCUACAGCCACUUCACUGAGUGCUCCUUCCCUGAUGGGUUCAACAUGGCGGUCCUCCUCUGCAGCCUCAGUGUCAUCAGCCUUUUCCUCAACUGCCACCACCAGACGUACCUGAGGGGCAAGCAGGAGAAGCUGACUUCAGGGGCAGGACCCAAGGACUGAAACUAGGAGAGCUGUCCCCACAGAGAGUCGGCAGAAGACAGUGAGGGUCACAGCCCACCUGUGCUGAACAGAUACCUCUGGGCCUGCAUUUCAUUCUGUGAAGGGUGGAGGAGAAUUGCCUUCUUUCUGAAGUUCAGGAGAACAGAAAUGGACCAAGCUCCUUGCACUCACUUCUGUUACAGCAUUUCUCACAUGGAUUUGUCACUGUUUGAUGUGAGCCCCCUCAGGAGGGACUAUCUUGUUCUCAAUGUUCCCCCACCACCUGGCACAGCACCUUAAUAAAUGUGCAUUUGGGUCCUUGUAUUCCAUGACUGGCCGUCAUGACAUUUGGUGAAGAUCAGGGCUGGUGGCAUGCCUAAAGCCAAGGCUGGCUUGAUAUCCAACCUUGCAGUAGGAAAUGAUGCUAAGAAUAUGCAAGGGUGGGUUUGUUUGCUUUCUAGCAUGGCUGUGUCAAUGUUUGCCCCUGUGUCUCUUCUUGUCUCUUCACUCUUACCUGCACUUGUAUGAUUCUGUGUGUGUAAAUGGGAGAGGGUUAUGUGUAUAUGUCCAAUUUUUUUUCAAUAAACAUGCAUGUUUCCAUUUGAGUUUC